ACAGUUUCUCAGUGUUCAGUUUUUAGUUUAGAGUUUUACGCAGAGACCCCCCAAAACCCUUGUUUUCCUUCAUUUCUGUACGGCGUCAUCUAUCAGUGACUGUAUUUCGGCUUAGCUGAGCCUCCAACACGCACCGCAUCAAGUUUCCAGUGAUGGAUGAAGUGUGCGAGGGGAAGGACUUCUCGUUCCCGAAGCAGGAAGAGAAGGUUCUAGAGUUCUGGUCCAAAGUGAAGGCCUUCGAAACACAGCUAGAACUCACCAAGGACAAGCCCGAAUACAUCUUCUACGAUGGUCCUCCCUUUGCCACCGGCCUCCCUCACUACGGCCACAUCCUCGCCGGCACCAUCAAGGAUAUCGUCACGCGUUACCAGUCCAUGACGGGGCACCACGUCACGCGCCGAUUCGGAUGGGACUGCCACGGCCUCCCCGUCGAGAACGAGAUCGACAAGAAGCUCGGAAUCAAGAAGAGGGAGGACGUUAUCAAGAUGGGGAUCGAUAAGUACAAUGAGGAGUGUAGGAGCAUAGUCACGCGCUACGUUAGCGAGUGGGAGAAAGUCAUUACGCGCACCGGCAGGUGGAUUGACUUCAAGAACGAUUACAAGACCAUGGACCGGAACUUCAUGGAGUCCGUUUGGUGGGUCUUCGCUCAGCUCUUCGAAAAAGGAUUGGUUUACAAAGGAUUUAAGGUUAUGCCGUAUAGCACUGGGUGCAAAACUCCGUUGUCUAAUUUUGAGGCGGGUCAGAAUUAUCAGGAUGUACCUGAUCCCGAGAUAAUGAUGACAUUUCCGGUUAUUGGCGAUCCACAUAAUGCUUCUUUUGUAGCUUGGACAACUACUCCAUGGACCCUUCCAAGUAAUCUAGCUCUUUGUGUGAAUGCUAAUUUUACCUACGUGAAGGUUCGCAAUAAGUAUUCGGGCAAAAUUUAUAUCAUUGCUGAAUCUCGUCUGUCGGCACUACCUAAGGAUAAACCCAAGGAAGCUGUUGUUAACGGUUCUGUUGGGGCCCCCAAAAAAGCAAAUGUGAAGUCCAAGGAAUCUUCCGGCGGAAAAACUGAAAAUGUUUUGGAUUCUUUUGAAGUGCUGGAGAAAUUCCCAGGGUCUUCGCUAGUGGGAAAGAAGUAUGAACCAUUAUUUGGUUACUUUAUAGAGCUAUCUGAUACUGCUUUUAGAGUUGUGUCCGACAAUUAUGUUACUGAUGAUAGUGGUACUGGCAUUGUCCAUUGUGCCCCUGCUUUUGGUGAAGAUGAUUUUCGAGUUUGCAUUGAGAAUCACAUUCUUAAUAAGGAUAAUCUAACAGUAGCUGUUGAUGAUGAUGGCUGCUUUACUGAAAAAAUUACUGACUUUAGCGGCUGCUAUAUCAAAGAUGCUGACAAGGAUAUAAUUGAAGCUGUGAAGGCAAAGGGUAGGCUGGUUAAGCAAGGAACCUUUACUCAUUCUUAUCCAUUCUGCUGGAGAUCUGGUACUCCUCUAAUUUACAGAGCUGUUCCUAGCUGGUUUGUUAAGGUGGAGUUAUUGAAAGAGAAAUUAUUGGAAAAUAAUAAGCAGACUUACUGGGUCCCGGAUUUUGUCAAGGACAAACGAUUUCACAAUUGGCUGGAAAAUGCCAGAGAUUGGGCAAUUAGCCGAAGUAGGUUUUGGGGGACUCCUCUCCCUUUAUGGAUUAGUGAGGAUGAAAAAGAAAUAAUUGUCAUUGAUUCUGUUGCAAAACUUGAAAAGCUUUCAGGUGUAAAGGUGUUUGAUCUUCAUCGUCAUAACAUUGAUCACAUUACAAUUCAAUCCGAAAGUGGCCGUGUGCUUCGACGGGUUGAUGAUGUGUUUGACUGCUGGUUUGAAAGUGGAUCCAUGCCAUAUGCUUAUAUUCAUUAUCCUUUCGAAAAUAUUGAGCUAUUUGAGAAGAAUUUCCCUGGUCAUUUCGUGGCUGAAGGGCUAGAUCAAACCCGUGGAUGGUUUUAUACUCUUAUGGUACUGGCCACUGCAUUAUUUGGUAAGCCUGCCUUUAGAAAUUUGAUUUGCAAUGGACUUGUCCUGGCUGAAGAUGGGAAGAAGAUGAGUAAAAGUUUGAAAAAUUAUCCUCCGCCCAUGGAAGUUGUUGAUGAUUACGGAGCAGAUGCAUUGCGUUUAUACCUUAUAAACUCUCCUGUUGUGCGAGCUGAGCCACUGCGUUUCAAGAAGGAAGGAGUUUAUGGUGUUGUUAGGGAUGUUUUUCUUCCAUGGUAUAAUGCAUAUAGGUUCCUUGUUCAAAAUGCAAAGAGGCUUGAAGUUGAGGGGCUAGCACCUUUUAUUCCAAUUGAUCAUGCUACACUCCAGAAGUCAUCUAAUGUUCUUGACCAGUGGAUCAACUCAGCCACACAGAGUCUCAUUCAUUUUGUCAAACAAGAAAUGAAUGCUUACCGGCUCUACACAGUUGUUCCUUACCUCCUGAAGUUUCUUGACAACCUGACAAAUAUAUACGUACGGUUCAACCGGAAGAGACUUAAAGGUCGUACUGGAGAAGAAGACUGCCGGACAGCUCUGUCAACUCUUUAUAAUGUGCUUUUGUUGUCCUGUAAAGUUAUGGCUCCUUUUACUCCAUUCUUCACCGAGGUCCUCUUUCAAAAUAUGAGAAAAGCCUGUAAUGGGCUUGAGGAAAGCAUACACUAUUGCAGUUUCCCUGAGGAAGAAGGCGAGAGGGACGAGCGGAUUGAGCAGAGCGUUUCCAGGAUGAUGACAAUAAUUGAUCUGGCUCGAAACAUUCGGGAGCGUAACAACAAACCUCUGAAGACUCCGCUAAGGGAAAUGGUGAUAGUUCAUCCAGAUGUUAACUUCCUUGAUGACAUAGCUGGGAAGUUGCGGGAGUAUGUGCUGGAGGAACUAAAUAUCCGGUCACUUGUACCAUGUAAUGAUACUUUGAAGUAUGCUUCUUUACGUGCUGAGCCUGAUUUUAGCAUUUUGGGAAAGAGACUUGGAAAAUCUAUGGGUAUCGUUGCUAAAGAAGUCAAAGCAAUGUCACAAGAAAGUAUUUUGUCUUUCGAGAGUGCUGGAGAAGUUGUUAUUGCAAAUCACUGUUUGAAGCUGACUGAUAUUAAGAUUCUUCGUGAUUUUAAGCGACCUGAUGGUAUGACAGAGGAGGAGAUUGAUGCGGCAGGAGAUACUGAUGUUUUAGUGAUAUUGGACUUGCAUCCAGAUGAGUCUCUGUUGGAGGCUGGUGCUGCCCGUGAGAUCGUUAACAGAAUUCAAAAGUUACGGAAGAAAAUUGCUCUUGAACCGACUGAUAUGGUGGAGGUUUACUUUGAAUCAUUGGAUGGAGAUAAGAAUCUCUCUCAUAGGGUUUUGCACUCUCAGGCAUCUUACAUCAGGGAUGCUAUUGGUUCUCAAUUGCUUUCACAUUCUUUGAUGCCAGCACAUGCUGUUGUCCUUGGUGAAGAGAGGUUCCAUGGGAUUUCUGGCAUGUCAUUUGGUAUCAUUUUGGCAAGACCUACAGUGAUGUUUAACUCAAAAGCCAUUCUACCAUUGUUUCAAGGUAACAAGAAAUACGCCCAUAAUCUUGAAACUUACUUGCUAUCGAGAGAUAAUUCAAAUUUGAAGUCAGAAUUUCAAAAUGGAAAUGGAAAGAUUAUAGUUGACUCCAUUGAAGAACAACCCUCUGUAAGCCUGGUCCUUGGUGAGCAUGUGUUUCUCACUGUCGGGGACUGCUACGUUGCUGGAAAAGCUAAUUAAUUUAGGUUGCUGGAGUUUUCCUUUCGAUCUUCUAUAAUGUUGAUGUGUUAUUCCGUUGUAUGAUUAGUUAACAGAAAGCGGAUACUGUGCUUUAUCUCAUUUUUAAUGUUAUUCUUUGGCUGUAUAGAGAACCUCAGUUGUUUUAUUGAAAUAUAAGUUGCUUCAAGUAACUACAGAUAAUAAUAUCUCAAUUUUGUCGGGCUGGUGCUCGUUUACCA